AUGAAACUGAUCUUCAGUCCGAAUUUGGAACAUGAGUAUAAUCGAUUUCAUGAAUAUAUGGCGUCUUGCAGCAAUAUUACAAAAGAAUACCAAUCUCACUUGUGGCUCUCGAUAUACCAGUCAGACCAGCAAAACUGGUACAGCAAACCUCUGCCAUGGAUUGGGGUUUAUAUCGCAUCAGCAUCUCUGUUUUGCAUGCUUGCAAUAAUGGCGGAUUUAGUACAUGGUUUUCAUAACAGAAAGUUAUGGUUUCCGUGUAACUAUUUCACUUUGAAUGCUGCAUCUCUCACUGUGAUAGCUGUUGCAAUAAAGCUACCCAAUGAUCUCACUAAUCUAAUGCCAGGUCAUGUGGACCACACUGCAAAGCUUGGAAGCUUAAGCUUUAUGUGCACCAUCAUGGCUAAUUUAUUACCUUCUCUAGCUACCAUGGAAAAUAAGGAACUUGUCUCAGACUUGAUAGCGUUAGUCAUUCUGCGUGUCUCACCAACUUACCCCAAGCCAUAG